AUGGUGCAUCGUUGUCUGGAUCCCUUGUCGAAUCGGAUGGGAGAAGCAGCAGCAGCACAACUUCCGGCGCACCGUUGCCGGAAUCCCUCGACCAGCCGUCGUACACCCGGCCGGCUCGCGAGUACGAGUCCAGGUACCAUGAGAUGCUCGCCUCGCGAAUCGCCGUGCUGCCUCUACCAGCCUACGCCGACGACGAAGGCCCAGAUCUCCCUUCUGCUGAAACUUUCGAAGCCCUCGUUCGUCCUUAUUUCUACGAUGACGAGCACGCAAGCCCACAAGCUCUUGAGCGGACCAGAUGAUGCGCAGAGACGAGAUGGAGAUUCUGAGGCUGAAGUUGAUUCGUCCUCCUCACUGAUGGAUGAUAUCACCGAGGAGGAUUUCCAGGCAGACGAUGCACGGCUCAGGUCUCACAUAGUACAUGAAGUUGACACCGAGGAUAGAUUGGAUGAAGAGGAGGCGAACAGGAUCAGUCACAAGUAUGCACGAUACCGCCUCAAAGCUUGCCUGUUGCUCAAAGGAGUGCCUAUCGACGAUGCUGCAUUCGACUCCCAGUACCCUCCAGACCUUCCCUUGGACAACCACCGUCUUUACCUGGAAGAUGAAGCCUUGGGCUGGUGGUUUGACUUGGGCACCUCAUCACCCGCGACCUUGAGCGACUAUCAGCGGCUAGUCCCUUGUAAUGAAGGGGGCGUUGAAUAUGAAAGUUGGAGUGAAUACCGAGAGUUUUAUAGCACCCCUGAAACUGAUAGAGAUUAUCUGCUGUACUGGGAAACGAUUGUGAAGGAUCUUAAGUGGAUUGAAGAACAUGUGCUUAAAGCCUUUUCUGAGUGGCAUGAAUUGCAUGAAAAAGCUUCGUGCCAAGCAGUUAGGAUUGCUGCUAGGUUCACAAGCAUUCAUCCGAGGCUAGCAUAUUAUGGUUUCCUGGAGCAUAAACAGAGCACACGCUUUUAUCUCAAGUUCGUGAAAGAACUCGACUCUGUGUUUUUUGAGAUAUGGAAGCUGGUCAAUGCUCAGAUGUGUUUCAGAGAUGCUCUGAAGCAUGUUUAUGAGGAGAAGCAGUUUCCAUUCCGCAAACGUGAGUUGGAACACGUGCUGAGUCACCCUGGCUCGUUGGGACUGGAGGAAAAAUUUCGACGGUGCACGGAGGGCAUCAGUAAGGAAGUUCCAGACUGGAUAGCGCGCGAGUUAAUUUCGCAGGAGGUUAGAUUCAAGUGUGCUCUGCCAAAGAAGUAUGCGCAGUACGCCAGGAAGAAGCUCAAGAUUGCAGAGGUCAUAGGAUUGAUUCCCAAGGCCGAGAUACAAGCCUAG